AUGAGCCGAGUUAGCCAUGAACUCUCUCAAGUGACAAGGAGAAGAGAGAAAAGGGAAGAGGGAAAAGGGGAUGCGUUCGAAGGUUUUGGACUACCUCAACCUGGAUAUCCUUUGAAGAGAUCUAGCUUCAUAAUUGACACUAAAGAGUUAAAACCUUACAGGCAUAAGGAUAAUGUGCUAAUGCAGUUGGAAGAAUUACUCUGGACAAAUGACGAGAUAUCAAAAUUAUUAAACAGAGCUAUCUUCAAUCCCAUCACAGAUAAGAAUGCCUCAAGGUCUAGUAACGCAAAAGGUAAGACCCUGAAAUUGGAGAUUUUUGCAUCAUUCUACCGCAUCCACAUCGCAAAGACAAUACAUCGUCAACCCGGUGCGAUGAUUUCUUUCCGUCUUGCUGGCAAAAGGGAUACCUGGACAGCUUUCAGUGGAAGCGUGAUCGCAUUACCUUGUGACCGAACAUGGUGUGGGAAGACGAAACUGCUUCCAGAUCGAUGUGGCCAGAGAAAAUUGAAAAUUCCGCGACUGGCAAUCUUCGUUGCUUUGCGGCGAGUAGGAAUUGAUGAUCAUUGGUGUAAAGGAAGCAAUGCGGUAGCUAUAGGGUGA